AUGCCUUCCCUCGGAAGAGCUCUUCUGCUCGCCGCUGCGGCCAUGACGCUGGCCAACUUUGUGGGCGCUCAGCACAUUGUCGUCGAUGGUGAAACCGUUGCUGCAAACGAGGACACUGUUGCUCCAGCUGCCGAGGAGUUUCCUGAUGCUGACAUCCCGGAGGAGACCAUCCAGUUGACUAAUGCUGUCUUGGCUAACCUCACCAAACUUGAGCUUAGUAACAUUUCACUCUUUACUUUUGCUGAGAGCCAACUUACUCAGAAGCGCGCCACGCCCAAUAACAAAUGUAAGACUUUCCCUGGCGACUUGCUCUACCCUAAUGAGUUCGUCUAG